CGGGAAAUACGAACCUCGGGCAAAGAAUCCUGUGAUUGCGUUCCCUGUGACUCAUUCCCGACCUAGAAGAGCCAAAUUGCUUGACUUAGGUUUUCAAGCACACUAAUCCACAGCUGUCGGGCUUCUGGAUUUGUGUACCAAAAUAAACAGCCGUGUGAAGAGAUCAACAACCACCUUUCUUCUCGUUUACGCUGUGGUCAAAUCAUAAUCACUGGAGAUGGAUGUGGGUAACUUUGGGGCAAAAAUCUUCCAACUGUAUGGACAUACCUCUCAUUGUUCGCUUAUUCAGUGACAGACAAAAUGGGUAAAAAAAUUUACAUAUAUAUGAAUGAAAUUGACUAAUUUUGAAUCUCCUCUUGGAUGUGUAAGACAAAAAAAUAAAAAUAGGCAGUACUUAUUGUACAUGACAAAUGAUUUUUAUGAGAUAAUCCCCUGGGACUCACUACACCUCAACCUUAUCUUUUCUCCGCCUAUAAUUUCUGAAGUUACUAACUCAACAAAACUAAGAAUAAGCCCAAAAUAGAAGCAAGCAUUAGGUUAAGUGACCACAGGUCACUGAGUUGUUUAUUUUACUUAGACACUUCCUCAAAACCCCAGGUAUACCCCUGGUUUUUUGUGUCUAGGUUAAAGCCCAACCUCCCCGAAUACAGCCUCUCUGGGAGUUUCCCUAACCCCGGCUCAGCUGUGCUUAUCCCUGCCUUUUCAGCGCUACCAGUCCUCUGUCUGGGAUUCGACUCCUCUCCCCUCGCCGGAGUUUCCUCGCCACCGGCAGCGGGCAGGGGCGGACCCCGGCCUCCCCGCCUCCUGCCCCGCCUCCCCGCCGGCCAGGCUCGGGCGGCGCAGGCGCACCAGGCGCGGCCGGGAGGUCGAGUGCGAUCACUGUAGCCUCCGCCUCCUGCUGCCCCGGCAGGUUCUGCGCUGGGCUAGUCGGCUGCGAUCUGGGCCGCGCCGGGCAGUGGCUUCGCGGACGACGCGUCGCCAUGGGCUCUCGCUGGAGCAGCGAAGAGGAGAGGCAGCCGCUGCUGGGGCCUGGGCUCGGGCCUGGACUAGGGGCGGCCUGGAGAAGCCGGGAGGCAGCGGCGGCGCUGCCGGCGGCGGCGGCCGCGGGUCCAGGGCGGGUGUACGGGCGCCGCUGGCUCGUGCUGCUGCUCUUCUCGCUGCUGGCGUUCGUUCAGGGCCUGGUCUGGAACACCUGGGGUCCCAUCCAGAACUCGGCGCGCCAGGCCUACGGCUUCUCCAGCUGGGACAUCGCGCUGCUCGUGCUGUGGGGGCCCAUCGGCUUCCUGCCCUGCUUCGCGUUCAUGUGGCUCCUGGACAAGAGAGGUCUCCGAAUAACUGUGCUCCUGACAUCCUUCCUUAUGGUUUUAGGAACUGGUCUAAGAUGCAUACCUAUAUCAGACUUAAUGCUUAAAAGAAGAUUAAUUCAUGGAGGACAGAUGUUAAAUGGAUUGGCAGGUCCAACUGUAAUGAAUGCAGCGCCAUUUCUCUCCACGACGUGGUUUUCUGCAGAUGAAAGGGCCACAGCCACAGCUAUUGCAUCAAUGCUCAGUUAUCUUGGGGGAGCAUGUGCAUUUUUAGUUGGACCACUUGUUGUUCCAGCUCCCAAUGGGACAUCACCUCUUUUUACUACAGAGAGCAGCAGGGCGCAUAUCAAAGAUCGCAUAGAGGCUGUGUUAUAUGCAGAAUUUGGAGUUGUCUGCUUAAUAUUUUCUGCAACACUAGCUUAUUUCCCACCCCGACCUCCUCUUCCUCCCAGUGUUGCUGCAGCUAGCCAGCGCCUGAGUUAUCGGAGGAGCUUUUGUAGAUUAUUAAGCAAUUUUAGAUUUUUGAUGAUUGCUUUAGCAUAUGCCAUACCACUUGGUGUAUUUGCUGGCUGGUCUGGAGUUCUGGACUUAAUUUUAACACCAGCACAUGUCAGCCAAGUAGAUGCUGGCUGGAUUGGAUUUUGGUCCAUAGUUGGAGGCUGUAUUGUUGGAAUAGCUAUGGCAAGGUUUGCAGAUUUUAUCAGAGGUAUGCUGAAACUAAUUCUUCUCCUCCUGUUUUCUGGAGCUACACUGUCAUCCACAUGGUUCACCCUGACGUGUUUGAACAGCAUCACACACCUACCUUUAACCACAGUGACAUUAUAUGCCUCCUGCAUUCUCCUGGGAGUCUUCUUGAAUAGCAGCGUACCUAUAUUUUUUGAGCUUUUUGUGGAAACUGUCUACCCAGUUCCAGAAGGAAUUACUUGUGGAGUUGUCACUUUUUUAAGUAAUAUAUUUAUGGGAGUACUUUUAUUUUUUCUCACAUUUUAUCAUACAGAGUUGUCUUGGUUCAAUUGGUGCCUUCCCGGGUCGUGUUUGCUCAGUCUCCUCCUCAUUCUGUGCUUCAGGGAAUCCUAUGACAGACUCUAUCUUGAUGUGGUUGUCUCCGUUUAAUAGCACAGACUUGAAGGAGUUUAAAAGGAGGCUGGAAAUCAAUACUGCACACUGCACAUUUGCUCGGAAUUGCACAUCUAACAGGAAAAGAAGAAGAAGAAAGAAACUUCAUUCAGAGGUUUUGUUAGGUUACAGAUUAUCACAUUAAUUUAAUUACUACUAGGUAAUAAUAAUGGGGACUUGAGUGAUAACAGGGGAUUUUGAAACUCUACAGAUGGCAUACCUGUGCCUGAUUCUGGGGUUGGAAGUAUGAUGUCUUACACGUAAAGCACUACCUAAGUAAUUCUCUCUUCGUUUUGUGCCAGUGCUAAACUACUGAUUACUUGUAAUUAUGAAAAGAAAUAAAGGGUGUUUAUCACAUGAAGAUAACGCCUUCCCUAAGUCACAUAUCAGAAUAGGAAGAUAUGCCACUAACUUCUAAAGAAGUUCAAACCCUGUAUCCAGUUUUAAAGAUAGAAUAGCCAAGAGGUAUAUCGAUGAUAGAAAUUAGCCACGUGUACACUACAUUUUUUUCUAAUAAAGCCAUUUCUUAUAUGA